AUGAGUCCCAGUAGCUUCGUGUUGUACAUCACUGGCCUGCUGUGGCUCAACUUGACUGAUGCUAAAAUUGGGUACUUCUGGCACAUCACAGAUCUUCAUUAUGACCCCUAUCAUAAUUCCCCGGAGUUUCAUAGGGGAUGCAAACACAACAGAGGCAAUAACGACCACAACCACCACAACAACAGGCACAGAGACCACACGUGCGACAGCUCCUGGCCCCUGAUACAGAGCGCAGCAGCCCUGAUGGCCGAGAGGCACCCAGACACCCUGGAGUUUGUACUUUGGACUGGGGAUAUCCUCUCAUCAUCAAUGGAGCACGCCAGCGACAGGAUCAAGUUAGAAGCCGUGAGGAACGUCACGGAUAUCCUCAGCAGGACAUUCAGCAGCCAGUUCGUGUUCCCAGCGCUGGGCCACAACGACCCACCGCCUUCAAGGAAACUAGUAGAUAUGUGGAUGCAAUGGCUACCAACUGAGGCGUUGCAGACUUUUGUCACAGGUGGAUACUACACAAUAGAGCAGUCGCACAGCAAACUGCGCAUCGUGGUGCUGAACAGCGUCCUCUGGUCUGGUGGUGCCACCACCAAUGAUAAUCCCCACCCACACAGAGGCAGGACCCAGUGGGAGUGGCUAGAACACAUCCUUAUAACGGCUAGGAGGAAAAAGGAAAUGGUAUACCUAGUAGCCCACGCUGGCCCAGGAGUGGAAGAGCGUCACAACGCAGGCAGUUCAACGGCGGCGGGUGGGGGAGAACUGACGCCAGCAGCGAACGCCAGGCUUCUCCAUGUCAUCAGGGCGUUCAGUGACGUCAUCGCUGGACAGUUCUACGGGCACAGACACGCUGACACUUUCCGUCUUAUAUAUAGUGAAGGGCGACCUGUGUCAUGGGCUCUUUUAGCCCCGUCUGUGACACCACGGGGUGCAGGAAGCGUCUCCAACCCCGGAUUGAGACUUUACAAAUUUGACUCCAAUACUGGAAAGGUCCUGGACUACACACAGUACUACCUAGACGUGACGAACCCAAGAGGAGAGCUGCACUGGUCUAUAGAAUACAAUUUGACCCAAUAUUACGGUCUUCGGGAGGUCAGCGCAACAUCAUUGAACGCUUUAGCAGAUAGAAUAAGGAAUCACAAUGACAGAGGGUCAUUUGCUAAGUACUUAUCAGCUCUCCGAGUGAAACACUCAACAGAUAUUUCGGACUGCGAUGCGGCUUGCGUACACGUUCACUACUGCGCAAUAACCCGCGCAGACUACAGUGAUUUUCGAUCGUGCGUCCGCAACCCAGCGUCGGCGCUAGCGUCGCGCGCGCCUCACAACUCCGCCGCCAUCUUGCUUUACGCCAUCUUGAUUUUGAUUUCUUAA